AUGUCCGAUCUUGAUAUAUUAAACGGAAAUGAUGAUUUCCCAUACCCAAUAUCUAUAAACAGAACUGAUUUCAAAAGCUUUAAUCAAGCUGAAAUCGACGAGUUUUUAUAUAAGAAUCAUAGAUUUACAUCCAUAGAUCUCUUAAUCAAGGAGUUGACAAAGUUAUCCAAAGACUUGAAUCAAAAUUUGCUAGAUUUGGUGAAUAACGACUAUAAUGACUUCAUUAGAUUGGGGAAAUCAAUCAAUGGUGGAUUAGAUUUGAUCAAUCUUGUUUCAGGUGAUUUAAAGAGUUUCAAGUUAGAUUUAGUCAAUCAUUAUAAAAGAUUUGAAGAAUCACAAGAGAUGUUGGAUAAUGCAUUAAACAGGCGACAACAAUUAAUUCAUGUGAAGACAUUAGCUAAAUUGAAUAUUGUGUUAAAUGAUCAAGUUACAAAUUUUGAAAAUGCUCUAAUGUUAGAUUCUAAUGAAGUAAGUAAGGAUGUGGACGUUGUUAUAAGCAAAGUGAAGAGUCUAACAGGAAUGUAUUUAUCAAUAGCUCAUCUAUAUCAAUUCGUAAGUUCUCAUACUAAUGUGGCUAAAAAUUCCGAUCUUGAUUCAGAGAAGUCCGACAAUAAUAAACUAAAUCAAAAGAAAUCAAACUUAAAUGGUAAUGGAAACAGUGAUACUUCCAGCUUAUUCAUACAUAACUACUUACAUCAUAAAAUCUCAUCCAUAAAGUUUGAAUUUAAAAGUUAUUUAGAACAGAUUGUAAAAUUACAACUUAACAAUCGUGGCGAGAAAAACAACAGUAAUUUAAUAUUAGAACUAUUGAAUGUCUACAAAGUAAUCGGUCAUGAAUCAGAACUAAUUGCUUUACUAAAAAGAAGGUAA